UUGAUCUAUUUUGAUUGGAUUUCCUUCUCUGAUCAGGUCCCACCGUGGGCAGACGCGGCUCAUGGAGAUGAGAUCCCGUAUGUGUUCGGACUCCCGAUGAUCGGACCCACGGAGCUUUUUCCCUGCAACUUUUCCAAAAACGACGUGAUGCUGAGCGCCGUGGUCAUGACCUACUGGACCAACUUCGCCAAGACGGGGGACCCGAACCAGCCGGUUCCCCAGGACACAAAGUUCAUCCACACCAAGCCCAACCGCUUUGAGGAGGUGGCGUGGACGCGCUACAACCAGAAGGACCAGCUCUACCUGCACAUCGGGCUCAAGCCGCGGGUCAAGGAGCACUACCGGGCCAACAAGGUGAGCAUUUAG